AUGUGGCUGGUUCGUUUAGCAAGGGUAUUGAAACUGAAAUCAGUAACACAAAAGUCUUUUGCAGAGUACCAUAGUAAAAGAAAUCUAGUAGAACGAGUCCACGCUGUUCAGAAUCAUGCCCUGUCAAAUGAGCAGUUUUCAAGCAAGGGAAUUUAUUCCGAGUAUGAAAAAGGUGAUGAGAAACACAAAGCUAACAUGGAGCACAUGGCCGAGGAAGUAAGGAAGUGUCUAGCCAGCACGCAAUAUGGUGGAAAGGCAUGUACCGUUAUGCGCGGAAUCGGCGGACAAGAAAAUUUCGUAUUCAACGAUGAAGAACAUCUGGUCACAUUUCUCGGAAAGAAUGAAAACCGAAAGGCGGAUGACAUCCUUCAGUACCAGCCCAUCAAAAAUGAUUUAUGGAGGGAGGUUUCUAUUGUAUGGGACCUGAAUGAAAAUUACACCGGGAGUUACCGGGAGGACUAUGAGAUUAUUCAGAACAAAUUUCACGAAGAUGGUCAGCGAACAUGCUGGAUGGACAAAUACUCUACCACGAUAUUCAACCCUGAUGUCGAAUGCGAUUCAGGAAUUGAGGCCUUCACCUUUCAACCUCUACCAGAUUACAUCAGGUGGAUUCUAACUGGCGGUGAACUGCAUUACCUCCCUCUGGAAAAAGUUCAGAAAUUGGUCACACAGGUAGUUGCUGAUACACCUGGAGCAUUUCUUCCCUCGAAAAUAUUGGAAAUGAUGUUCAAAGUUUUCUCACACGGUACAGACAAUAUUUUGUCAGGCAUUUCGUUUCUAACCUGGUGCACCGAAAAAGACGUCACUACGUUUUUUCAAAAUUACAAAGAAAAGCUUGAUAAAUCAUUUGUGAGUGACAAAGAAAAAGAGUACUGGUCCCAGGACGAACUUUAUCAGUGCAAUAGCAAAGAGCAGCUUGAGGAGUUGUGCCGUAAAGAGAGAAUACCAACGGAAGGGAAAAAAUAUGAUUGCGUGAAACGUCUCGUGGAGAAGAUGGGUUAUGAGAAACCACCCCCGCUUGAAGAGUACAACGGAGAUCUCAGUUCUUUACCAGAUUCCAUCACAGAUAUAGCUAAAUUGUCCAUUUAUAAGUUGAAAGAAAUCUUACGAUUUCACAAUGUUCUAGAUUGUGGUACAAAGGACGAACUCGUUGUUCGCGUCGGCAUGGUGAGAGGAGGAAGAAAAUACUUGGCCUUCCAUCGGGAAUUGGAAGCCAUUCGAAAUCUAAUUACGGCGACCAGAUCCAUAAUAACCGCUGAAAAAGAGUUGUACUUAGAAGAUCCAAAAGUGAUACACAAGAGAAGGAAAUUUUUUACGAAAUCCGGUCCCUCAGUGAAUACAGUGAGACCCAGAGAUAGUGCAUCCAUCCCUAAUCAAAACCAGAAUGCGUUCCUGGAAGUACCGAAUGGUUUAUCUUUGGAAAAUCUCGAGGAGGCCUUGACUCCUCUGAGUAAUGAACUUUUACUAUAUCAAAAGCAACAACAGCAAAACAUUGCAUCAUGUGAAAAAGUUACCCUUGAAACCGUUCUGGAAGCAGUAAGGUCAGUAGGUACUAGAGUUCGAAUAUUAUGGGAGAGGGAUGAAGUUGGAACAUCGGGAUGGAGAACGGGUAAGUAAACGCUUAUUGCGCUAGAGUAGAGAUAUUUUAUUGUUAAAUUUUAUCGUGUACGUAAAGCAUUAUAAUUUUUAUUCCAUUUUAUAAAUGAAACUUGAAUAAAUGACGUUUCAUCAAGACUUUGUACAAAUAUAUAAAUUGAAAACCAAUUUGGUUAACACAAACGUUAGCUUAGCCCUUCGCACAAGAAUUUUCAAGAUCCGUUCAGGAUUCAAUUAAUGAUCUUCAUGAACUAAAAUGCAACUUUUUUCGAAGGUUGGUAUGUGGGAACUGUCAAGAACUUCUUGAAGGAGACCGAUACGAUCGAAGUCGAAUUUGACACCGAGAAGGGAGUCAGUUAUCAAUAUUGCGUGGAAAAAGAGGUCAGGGCCAGAAAAGUAAAGCUUGCAAGAUCAGCAGAAAAAAAACUGGGGAGGUACGAGGAACUCACAAUGAUUGGUGCGAUUGUAGAAGUAAAGUGGACGGAGAAUGACCUAGCAAACACCGGGUGGUCAGCUGGUAGAUAUUAUUUUCUUGUUAUCUCUUAUGGUAUAUCUGCUCCCUACUGUUUGAAAGCUGUAAUUUCUUUCUACGUUAGCCCGGUUGUUUUUGUUGUAUUUUACAAGUUUUACAUUUUGUGAUUUCGAUUUAAUGUUGUAAUGAAUUAUCCUUACGAUAACCUAAAAUUCUAUUGUUGCUAGAAUUGUUGCUUUGCAACAAUAGAAUUCUAUUGUUGCUUUUGCAGCAAUAGAACAAUAGCAGUCUUGUGACCGUAGGGAUGUUUUCUCUGUUUAAAUAUUAUUACUUUUUUUUUUAAUGGAAUUUUUUUCCGAAAUUAAUAAGUGUCUUUUAUUUAAUCGAAAGGAAUAAUAUAAAUAGUGCUUUGCCUGAAUAGUUUUUUAAGUGAAAUUAAUUGUAAAUAGGAUUUUAUAGUUAGCUUUGUUAUCAAUAAAAGGUUUGGGUUUUAUUAAAAAAAUGUUUUUUCUUUAAUACUACUAAUCACAAUAAUAAUAAUAAUAAUAAUAUUAUUAUUAUUGUUGUUGUUGUUGUUGUUCUAUAAAGUGAAGGACAUCUAGAAAAGUAAGAAAAGUUAUUACAAUACAUUUAAGAAGAAAUCAUUACUUUUUUCUUGUAAUUUUAUUUAUAAGGCCUGCAUCUCUGUUGAUGAUAUUAAAUGUCCUCUUUAUAGGUUGGUACGAAGCAGAAGUACAGUCAUUCGACAGCGACGAUGACGAAAUAUCCAUAGUUUAUGCAGAAGAGCCUGAAUUUGUCUACAGGAUGCCUGUCCUUCCCAGCCUUGUAUCGGGGACUCUUCGACUGAAACAAAGCCUUUUCUAG